AUAUCCGUAUUACGUAAUACAAGAUGGCCGCUUUGAUCUAAACAAUACUGAAUUAAUUUAAAUUGGUAUAUGUUAUAAAAUCAAUUAAAUAAUUAUCGUAUUAAUCAUAUUUUGUUGUGAAUUUCACUCUAGUAGAGAAAAUACUAUAUAAUAAUUUUAAAUUUAUCAGUUUUGUGAAUUUAUUGAAGCAGACAGUUAGCGUUGUUUUUAGAGCUCGAUAUUAACCGAAUUAAGCUAAGACAUGCGCCGUGAUGAUUAUCGCGAACUUACCAAAAUGGCGGUGUUCUUGGGAUUAAAAUCGUUUCGGGACCACUGACUAUUUAACAUCUGCUUGUUUUAAUUGUAAAGAAUUUUAUGAAAAAAUUACUCGGUUUUAAUUAACGAUUAAUUGCAAAAUUUAAGAAAGUGACAUUUGAUGAUGAUGAAAAUAACAGCAGACGAAAUUGAGGUUCAGGGACAAUUUGCUAUUAACCCAAUUCGUUAUUGUUUUUUUUCCUAUUUUUUUAAUCAAUUGUAAAAAAUUUUUAUUUUGAUAUUUCAAUUUAGUCGAGAACGUAUCGGGCUUUUGUAGUGAAAGGACGUGUUUAACCGACUCGGUUAAUUAUUCAUGACUAGUCAUUGAUGAAGAAAUCAACGGAUUUUCAGUUGAAGCCACACAGACGGAAAUAAAAAUAUUUAAACGUUUAUCUGGAAAAUCCUAAUAUGGCACACGCACCACCGGCGACCGCCGGCCGUAAACGAAAACAUUCCCACGAACAGCAAGAUAUUCACAAGUUCCAAGGAAAAGAAUCGAUUCUAACGUCUCAAAUCGAAUUAUAUAUUGAAGACGUUAAACCGACAAUACCCGAUGGGGGUUGGGGUUGGGUUAUAGUGUUGGCGUGUUUUUUUCUCAACGGGAUAUCCGAAGGAAUCAGUUUUUCGUUCGGGCUUUUGUAUAUUGAAUUUUUACACGAAUUCGGUGGAUCGAAAUCGGCGACGUCAUGGGUCGGUAGUCUGUUUUUAGCGAUGCCUCUUCUAGCAGGUCCCAUAGGUAGCGCUAUGGUAGAUCGAUACGGUUGUAUAUCGAUGACAGUAUUGGGUAGUUUGAUAUCUACGUUCGGAUUCGUACUAAGCACGUACGUUUCGUCGUUGAGUAUGUUGUACGUCACUUUUGGAAUAAUAGGUGGAAUAGGUAGAGCUUUGACGUACGUCACGGCGGUGGUUUCAAUAGCGUUUUGGUUCGAGAAAAAGAGAGCCGUGGCGUUGGGGAUAGCGGCGAGCGGUACCGGCGUCGGUACCGUAGCUUUCGCGCCGUUAACCACGUUGUGCGUCUACGAAUACGGUUGGAGGGGAACCAUUUUGUUGUUGGGCGGUUGUUUGCUCAAUAUGAGCGUGUGCGGGGUAUUGAUGAGAGAUCCGAAAUGGAUCCAAGAUCAACAUCGCGUGAAGAAGACGGCGAGAAAGGCCACAAAAAAAAGAACGAAGAUUCCGAUCGAUAAUAAUAUGUUAGGUAAAAGGGAUAAUCCGCAACUGGUUUUACAGCGAGUUAGUACCUCGUUGGAUCUAACGGAAAAAGAUCGAUUCCGUUCGGCGAUCGAUCUGCCGACUUUCGUAAAGGAAAACGAGAAGUUGCCAUUGGAAGUGAUAAAUAGAUUAAGCGAGAACAAACAACUUUAUAAAAUCAUUCUCGAAAAUUACCCGAAUUUUUCUAAAAGAUCCGCUUCGAAUCAAGACAUCCAUAUACACGAAAACGGAAUCAAUUCGAGAAUACCGGUAAAAUUCUCGAUGAGAAUCAAAAAGACUGAAUUUGUUAUACCGGAAGAAGACGAAGAAGAAGAAGACGAAAUCGAAAGUCAAACCGAAUCCGAUCACGAAGCUAGAUUACUUUACGGCGUUCCACAAAAUCCCAUUAAACACGAACCGCACAGUUACUUGGACAUUAUGACAAUGUCUAGUCCGGAUUUGUACAAACCUUUCAGGAAUACCAACGUCGAUACGCCAGUUGUUAACGAGAAAUGGUACGUACAGUUUUUCAAACCUAUGAAAGGUCUAUUAAAUUUCUCGUUAUUCUUAGAGCUUCAUUUUUUGUUGUUGUCUCUAUCCACUACCGUCUUGUACGUAUGGUUUAUAGUGCCUUAUUUUUACGUAGCCGAACACAUGACAAAUAUCGGUUACACAGAUUCUCAAGCUUCAUCAGUAUUAUCCGCAAUCGGAUUUACAAAUACCAUAGGCAUGGUUUUCCUCGGAUGGGCCGGCGAAAAAUUAAACAUCGCCAAAACGUACGCGGCGUGUAUAAUAAUAUGCGGCGUAAGUGUAGCGUGCAUUAUAUGGUUCUCCGGCAGUUUUAUUGGAUUGUUGAUUGUAUGUGCCUUAUUUGGAUUAUUUUUCGCUAGCUGUUUUUCGUUAUUACCGUCAUUGCUUGGAGAAUUAGUACCUUUGGAGGAUUUCACCAUGGCUUAUGGUCUUAUAUUAUUAUGCAUGGGCAUUGGAAACCUCAGUGGACCCCCCUUGGCAGGUUUCUUAUUUGAUCUUACUAAAAGUUGGAAUUUAUCGUUUUAUCAGGCAGCUGGAUGGAUUGUAUUUAGCGGUAUCCUGAUCGGUAUCAUUCCGUUCACGAAAAAUAGAAAAAUUAUAGGAUCCGGACCUGUUUUAAAUGACCAAUAGUUUUUUUUUUUAAAUUACUUAAUAGGUUAAAACGUUUAUUUUCGAAAAAAUAUUUUGCCAUUACAAGCUGUUAAUGUAUAUUUAUUACAAAUACAUCAUAUUACGUAUUA